AUGGUGCACUACGUGGACGUGCACCUGCCAUGGUCGCACUCCCUCUGCGCCUGCUGCCUCCCCCGCAUGCUCCGCCCCGCCCCGCCCAUCGCCUUCCAGAUGUCCUUGCUCACCUCCCUGCGCAAGCACCUGCAGCAGCCUUACGUGUCCAACAUGCCGCCCUACCGCUUCGGCCAUAAGCCCCCGCGCUUCAUCACCGCAUAUUCCGCCAUCGUCCCGCUCUCCGCUCCUCCGCUCCGCCCUCCAGGUAGUGUUACUGGUGCCAGUGCUGCUGCCGAAGAGAGUGUAGCAGCGCCGACAUUGGCGCAGCAGUAUUGGAGGAAGGUGGACUCAGCACCUGUGGUUGCAGCAGAGGGGAUGAUGCUCAAAUGGCUGGCAGAGCCACGUGUCGGCCUGCUACUCGACCUCCAGAAUCUCAGGCGCCAGCUGGCAGCUCUUCUUCAUAUGAAUGAAAUAGCUGCUGCGCGUGUGGCCACCGAGGCUACAGGCAACAGCGCGGCAGGUAGCGCUCGCCUGUGGUGGUGCUGCUGGCAGUGCAGCCACUGCUGGACACGCUACCGCCGUGCCGUGUCCAUCGCUGCUUUCACCGUGCUGGUCGCCAAGCUCCCCCGCUUCACUGGGGGCGACUGCUUGGCGUCGCUGUUGCUGCAGGUGCUGGGAGUGAAGGGCAAGGAGCAGCUGGAGACCGGCUUUGCUGCCCACCUGCUGCUGCUGCUGCCGGGGGGGAGGCACGUGCAUGGGCAGGCGGGAGGGGCAGGGGAGAGUUGGGGGACGGAGGUGGGAGAGGUGAAGGAGUGGAGGGAGGGGUUGGGAGGGGUGGAGUGGGAGGAGUAUGUGCAGCGCGUGGGGGAGAUUGUCGCUCAGGGAGGGCUGGCAGGCGAGCACUCUACUCUCUUCUGCCAGCCGCCAUUCGCCCGCGCUGCUGCUCUCAUCUUCUCCGACUGUGUUGGCAGCCGCCACAAGGAGAGAGUGGAGGACGCUGCUGUGGAGGAGGCAAGGAACCGGCUGGAAGUGGGGGAGAAAGGCAUAGCUAUUUCUGCUGCUACUGCUGCUGGGUCAACAGGUGCGAGGACCAAGGGACCCGGCACUGCAAGCGGCGCCAGGCUAGUGCUCGUGAACAGUAACGCAGUGGUUGGGCUGUUCACGUACCGAGUUACCUGCCUGCUGCGGUGGGUGCGAUUCUAUGGCUUCAGGGUCAACCCCAUGGAGCACUGCGCAUGCUCUGACCGGAAAAAGCCAGGCGUCGCUCUCCCACAUCCUCUUCACGACCUUCCGAACCUGCUGCAGAGGUUCGGCGCUGCGCCCAAGCCUCCGACCGCCACAGGCUCGGAAGGUUCGGCAAUGGCGGGCUGGGAGGAGUUUCCGGAGGGGGACAGGGCGGCAGUGGCGGCGCAUGAGAAGGACCCCGGGGAGUUUAUGGGCAUCAAGACGUUCCAGCUUCCCGUCGGGCCGCCGCCCUUCGCCUCGCUGCUUCUCGUCGGGCCGCCGCCCGUCGCCCCGCAUCUGCACUUCUACCCCCAUUCCCCUUUUCCCGCAGCUGAACAGGUGCAGCAGCGCAGCCGAGCAGCAGUGCAGCAGCGCAGCCGAGCAGCUGAGUAG